AUGAAACAAUUGCAAUUUUCCCUUAUUAUUAUUAUUAUUGUUAUUUGUACAGGUGCAUUAGCGGGUCUUAUAGAUAUAGGUGCAUCAUGGUUGUCGGAUAUUAAGGAAGGUAUUUGUAGAGAUGCAUUCUGGUUAAAUAGAGAGCAGUGCUGCUGGUCGGCCAAUGAUACAACGUUAGACGAGGAACGAUGCUCACAGUGGUAUUCCUGGGCAGAAAUGGUGGGUAUAAAAUCAUCAGGAGGAGGGUCAUAUAUCAUCAAAUAUUUCUUCUACAUCGUCUGGGGUUGUUUGUUCGCCUUCACGGCAGCCAUGUUUGUUCGUGUAUUUGCUCCUUAUGCUUGUGGCUCUGGUAUUCCUGAGAUUAAAACCAUACUUAGUGGGUUCAUUAUUCGUGGGUAUCUGGGUAAAUGGACUCUGCUGACCAAGUCAGUGGGUAUGAUGCUGUCAGUAGCUGCAGGUUUGAGCCUCGGCAAGGAAGGACCCUAUGUUCAUGUUGCCUGUUGCUGUGGAAACAUUUUCUCGUACUUGUUCCCAAAAUAUGGCAGUAAUGAAGCCAAAAAAAGAGAGGUGUUAUCAGCUGCAUCUGCUGCAGGAGUACGUGUGGCCUUUGGUGCUGCCAUUGAUGGAGUACUCUUCAGUUUGGAGGAGGUCAGUUAUUAUUUCCCACUGAAGACGUUAUGGCGGUCAUUCCUCUGUGCAUUGGCUGCAGCAUUUGUCUUACGGUCCAUCAAUCCAUUUGGCAACGAUCAUCUUGUCAUAUUUUAUAUAGAAUACAAUGAGCCAUGGUACCUGCAAGAACUUGUUCCAUUCAUCUUAAUAGGGGCAUUAGGGGUACUUGUUGUAGCAUUUAUUACAACAUUGUUAAGUUUUCCUAAUCCAUAUACAAGAAUGAACACGAGUGAAAUGAUACGACAGCUGGUCAGUAGAUGUGGACCUGAAGAUACAAAUGAUUUAUGUGAUUAUCAAAGAAAUUUUACGGAUCCAAAGUCAUACAUGUCAAGUACAUUUGCUGGGGAUGGUGUGAAGAGAGCAAUAUGGCAACUUGUCCUGGCUCUUUUAUUCAAGGGAAUAAUUACUGUGUUCACAUUUGGUAUGAAGGUAAGAUUGUGACAGAUAUUAUGUUAU